AGCACCCGAAUAAUAGGGCAAGUGUCCAAACAAAGGGCUUUCCUCUUGAGAGACGACUGCUUCCACUUUUCUACACUCACCAAGCCGGAGGCCGAGAGCGGAGAGCCCCCACUUGGCCGCUUGGAAAACGGCCCUUACACCCACUGAGCCACCUCCACAACCACCAUAUUACCACCAGAUCGUUAACCAUCACAGGGAACACUCUUCAACCUAUAAAACCAAACUCAGGAGCUAGCUACAGAGAUAGAAGGAACGGAAGCCGAGAUGUACAAGGACGUUUCCAGCUGCAGCACGUUCAACUAUGGCGAUGCUUUGUAUUGGGAUGCGCGCUAUGUGAAGGAGGCUGCUAGCUUCGAUUGGUACCAGCGUUAUUCUUCCCUUCGUCCCUUUGUUCGUCGCUAUGUUCCCACUUCCUCUCGCGUGCUUAUGAUUGGCUGUGGCAAUGCUCUCAUGUCAGAGGACAUGGUAAAGGAUGGAUAUGAAGAUAUAAUGAACAUUGACAUUUCAUCGGUGGCUAUUGCAAUGAUGAAAAAGAAAUAUGAAUAUAUCCCUCAGCUCAAAUACAUGCAAAUGGACGUUAGAGACAUGAGCUUCUUCCCAGAGGAGUCUUUUGAUAGCAUCAUCGACAAGGGAACUCUUGAUUCCUUGAUGUGCGGGAAUGAUGCUCAAAUUAGUGCUGCACAAAUGUUGAGGGAAGUGAGCAGGCUUCUGAAACCUGGAGGAACUUAUAUGUUGAUAACCUAUGGUGAUCCUACAGCAAGGAUGGUUCAUUUAAGCCAGCCUGUGUACAAUUGGAAAAUUGUAUUGUAUGUAAUACCCAGACCAGGAUUUGAAAGGCGUGCAGGUAGUUCAUCGGCACACUCAUUCUUGGAACCUGUUCCUGUCACGGAGAAGGGCUUGCUUCCGGCAGAUUUUGUAUUAGAAGAUCCAGAUUGUCACUUUAUAUAUGUGUGCACAAAGAUGGUGAAACCACAAGGCUCCAUACCAUACCAACCUACCAAUUGAAGGCUGAUGUUUUAUAGGAUUAAGUUGACAAUAAGGCACUGAGGUAGUAUUUACCUUGCACAAGCUCUGUAAACUGUUUGUAUGAUGUUUUGCUGUUUGUACCUUUAGGACUAGUCAUUGAUGAGAUUUUGGUAUUUGUUACAAAAGAGGGAUUCUUUUAUUUUUAUUUAUGUGACAUAUCAGAUUGGAAUUUGGACAUGGAGAGGGAAAUGAAUAAGAAGAAUGAACCGUAUAAGAGUUGAGUUGCUUAAA